AUGAAUGAAGAAAAAGUCGUUAUUGGAAGAAGUCCUUUGAAAAAUAACGCCGAGAUGAUGGCAUCUGUGAAGGUCCUCUUAUGUGUCGGCUGUUUGUUGGUUGCACACGUCACAUCUAACAAUGCGGCAUUAGACUGCCCAGCCUGGGAGCAAAAAAGUCACUACAAUUCAGACCACGGCGAAAACCUGCCAAACAUUCGCACGCUGGAUGAAUCUGUUACGUCAACAACAAACACUGCAACUGUCGGUACUAUGCCGCCUAGUGCAACUACAAGAGCCCCUUGCUCAAGUUUCAGUAUGGCCCUAUCGAACAACAGUAACAUUCCAGGAAGUGUGAGACAGGGCGGUUUCACUUCACUCAAUGACUGCCUGAACGCCUGCCAAAAAACCGCCUGGUGUACUGGCAUUGACUGGAACACUUUGGUGACAGCUGACCAGCAGUGUUGGUUCAGUUAUACGUCCAGUAGUAACAUUAAUUUGAAUGGUUAUAUCGGGGUUUACCACUACCAUCUGACUUGCACGGCUUCAAAUGCUAACACGCCUGCACCUAAUCCCGUGACGCAAGGCUCCGGUUGUCAAUGGAAGUUGACGGUAAACACUAACACAGCCAACGGCAUUGUCCAGAAUUCAGCUAACACUUUGCCGGAUUGUCAGGCGGCAUGCUACGCUUAUUCUAGCAGUAACAAAUGUGCGCUUGGGUUCGAUUGGAGCCCUUCUAACGGUCCUGGCUCCAUGUGCUACAUUUCCACCUCGCCAACUCUCAACAGUGGAGCAGUCGGUGUCUCGCACUAUUCCAUUGAUUGUGGAGGUCAAUGGAACGUGACUGUAAACUCGAACAGUCCCAACGGGAUUUUCAUGUCACAAUAUCAGACUUUGGAUGCUUGCAAAGCUGCCUGCGUCGCUAAUUUAACGGCUUGUAGCUAUGGGAUUGAUUGGAACAACGCCAACAAGCAAUGUUUUUUUUCUACUUCGAGCACUCUCAAUGUUAAUGGCUUUCCUGGAGUUGACCACCACACAUAUGUCGCUCUUUGCACUUGGUCAACGACAGCAGAUACAAACAGCCCUGGUGGUGAGGUAAGGGCAGCUGCAACGACUUUAGAUGCGUGUAAGAAAAUUUGUACUGAUCUUGGUACCUCUGGGUGCCCUUAUGGUGUCGAUUGGAACCCUAGCGCUUCACCCGGAACCCAAUGUUUUCUGUCGAAAACUUCUGUUAAAUCCUCUUACAUUGGCGUUUCGCAUCACGAUGUGACCUGCGUCAAUACUACGGGAUGCAUUUGGAGUUUGGUUGCCAACACAAACAGCCCUGGUGGAAUGGCACAGCCAGGUGCAACCACGGUUGAUGCCUGCCAGGCACAAUGCAUCGCCAACAAAGAGAACACCUGCAAAUACGGAAUCGAUUUUAACCCUAGCAAUCCAACUGGUCUGCAAUGUUUCUUCGCCACAUCACAAGCGACUUCAACAGCCGCUGGAGUUACUCACUACACCUACCAAUGCUCCUCAAGUGUCGGUGGCUUAACAACUAGUCCAAGUUGGUGUUCAACUGCCGAUUAUUUUCAUUAG